AUCUACACUACAGUAGUAUGUCAGUGAGACAUAAAUUUGGUGGUAGAACUCCUCCGACAGAACUAUUACCCUCGGUUGAGUCAAAAAUGAGACAAAUGAAUGUUGAGAAAUCCGAUGAGAGUAAGAUGUCUUUAAUCUUCCUCACGGCUUGUUUUAUCGGUAUUACUUCUGCUUUCUUGAUUGGGUAUAUGCUAGGUAUCUUAGGAGGGCUUAUAUUUGGGACAGGAUAUGCGAACCAAUUCUACCCAUAUACUUGCAACGAUUCUGUGGCCUCUUACGGAGUUCUCGUCUCUAUGUUUCUAGCAGCUCUCUACAUGUGCGGUAUUCUUGCCAUACAUAUUAGAAAACAUGCACCUGAUUUCAGUAGACUAGAUAUGAGAAGGCAUAUGAUCUCGGGGGGAGCACUCCUGUCCGUGGGUUCACUGGCCACUGUUCUCAUUACCAACGAAUUUCUGUUAGUCAUAGGUCCGUUUCUGUACGCUUUGGGUUUUGGCUUAAUGUAUCAGGGUGCUCAAGUCUAUAUGUCUGAGAUGGGAUUCGCUCAUAGAAACUACUUAGCUUCCUUGAAUAUCACUUUUAAAGUGAUGAUUGCGGUCGGUAUCUUUGUGGCCAAUCUUGUAAACUGCAGCACCAACAGCAUGAAAGGUGGGUGGGGCGGAAAGUUAGCAUAGGCAUUGCUGCGAUCCCUGCAGCUAUCACCUCUAUUGGAUCUUUCUUACUCCCAGACACUCCAAUGUCCAUGAUUAAGCUAGGUAAGUUUGAUGACGCCAAACAGUUGCUCCGACGCCUCCAUGGCACCAAAGACGGCGUUCAUAUACUGUUCAAAGAUUUAUUAGCCGCCAAUGAAGCAUCAAAGUCCGCAAAAGGAUGCGAGUAUCAAAUUCUGUCUCGAACACAGAACAGGCCCUACUGUGUGAUGGCAAUAGCUCUCCCCUUGUUCCAACAGCUCACAGGAGUGAAUGUAAUGGUUCUCUACGCUCCCUACCUUUUUCAGGCUGUGGGAUUUGGAACCAGUGCAGCUCUAAUGUACACCGCUAUCAUUGGAGGGGUUAAUGUUGCUGCAACCAUCGUUGGUAUAAUCUCGGUCAGGAAAUGUUACAGAAGGUUUUUCUUCAUAGCCGGAGGAGUUCAAAUAUUCGUUUGUCAGAUCAUGUUGGGGAAUCUGGUAUGGAUCAAAUUAGGAGGUUUGGAUGUGUAUGACUACUUAAUCAUAGCCAUCAGCUGUAUUUGUGUUGCAGGAUUUGCAUGGUCCUGGGGUCCAUUAGGCCGGAUAUUUCUCUCUAGUGAUGAUGAUAUGUUAGUGUUAUACCCGUUGGAGGUUCAGUCAAGCUGCCAGCAUUGGGCUUCCAUAGUGCAUUGGGUGCUUUCCGCUUUCAUCACUUUUGUGUUCCCCGCCAUAGUCUGCCUAUUCAAGUCUCUUGUCCUUUACUUGUUGGCUUUCUUUGGGGUGAUUAUGACUUUUCUUGCCUAUUAUUUCAUGCCCAGCACAAACAGACUGCUGGUUGAAGAAGAUGCCUCCGAAGUAUGGAAGCACCAUUGGUUCUGGAGAAGGUAUUUUGUUGACCUUGAGAACAAUCUGAUGGUCGAAGAAGAUGAUGUCUCUGAAGUAAUUAAGCAACACUGGUUCUGCAGAAGGUACAAUUAGUUCCAACAAGAUAGGCUUGAGGCUCGUUAUGUAUGUUUACUUGAAAAUGGAUGAUAUAUUUUUCCUGAUCUAAGUUAGCUAGUAGUAAUCUCGAAGGACUGAUUUUAGAUGAGAUAUAUACUUACCAGUUUGUCA